GCACAGAAGUCUCUUCCGUGUGCCAGAAUGGAGGCAUCUGCAUCGACAGCGGCCCCUCCCAUUUCUGCCACUGUCCCCCUGGAUUCCAAGGCAGUAUAUGCCAGGAGAGGGUGAACCCCUGUGAGUCCAGGCCCUGCCAGCACGGGGCCACCUGCAUGGCCCAACCUAAUGGUUAUUUCUGCCAGUGUACACCAGGCUACAGUGGACAGAACUGCUCAAAGGAACCUGACGCUUGUCAAUCCCAGCCCUGUCACAACCAUGGAACGUGCACCCCCAAACCUGGAGGCUUCCACUGUGCCUGCCCUCCAGGCUUUGUGGGGCUGCGCUGUGAGGGGGACGUGGAUGAAUGUCUGGACCAGCCCUGUAACCCCACAGGCACUGCAGCCUGCCACUCUCUGGCCAAUGCCUUCUACUGCCAGUGUCUGCCUGGACACACAGGCCAGUGGUGUGAAGUGGAGCUAGACCCCUGCCAGAGCCAGCCCUGCUCCCACGGAGGGUCUUGUGAGGCCACAGCAGGACCACCCCCAGGAUUCACCUGCCACUGCCCCCAGGGUUUUGAAGGCCCCACCUGCAGCCACAGAGCCCCCUCCUGCGGUCUCCAUCACUGCCACCACGGUGGCCUGUGUCUGCCCUCCCACAAGCCUGGAUUCCCACCCCGCUGUGCCUGCCUCAGUGGCUAUGGGGGCCCUGACUGCCUGACCCCACCCAUCCCUCCAGGCUGUGGCCCUCCUUCUCCAUGCCUACACAAUGGCAGCUGCUCAGAGACCCCUGGGCUGGGGGGCCCAGGCUUUCGAUGCUCCUGCCCUCCCAGCUCUCCAGGGCCCCGGUGUCAGAGGCCUGGAGCAAAGGGAUGUGAGGGCAGAAGUGGAGAUGGGGCCUGCGACGCUGGCUGCAGCGGCCCAGGAGGAAAUUGGGAUGGUGGGGACUGCUCCCUGGGGGUCCCAGACCCCUGGAAGGGCUGCCCCUCUCAUUCUCGGUGCUGGCUUCUCUUCCGGGAUGGGCAGUGCCAUCCACAGUGUGACUCUGAAGAGUGUUUGUUUGACGGCUAUGACUGUGAGACUCCUCCAGCCUGCACUCCAGCCUAUGACCAGUACUGCCGUGAUCACUUCCACAAUGGACACUGUGAGAAGGGCUGCAACACUGCAGAAUGUGGCUGGGAUGGGGGCGACUGCAGGCCCGAAGACGGGGAUUCGGAGUGGGGGCCCUCCCUGGCCCUGCUGGUGGUGCUGAGCCCCUCAACCCUGGACCAGCAGCUGCUUGCCCUGGCCCGGGUGCUGUCCCUGACUCUGAGGGUAGGGCUUUGGGUAAGGAAAGAUAGGGAUGGCAGGAACAUGGUGUACCCCUAUCCUGGAGCCCAGGCCGAAGAGGAGCUAGGAGGAGCCCCAGACCCCUCUCACCAUGAGAGAGCAACCCCUCAAACACAGCCUACAGGCAAGGAGACGGACUCCCUCAGCACUGGGUUUGUGGUGGUGAUGGAUGUGGACUUGUCCCACUGUGGCCCCGACCAUCCUGCAUCCCGCUGUCCCUGGGACCCUGGGCUCCUGCUCCGCUUCCUUGCUGCGAUGGCCGCAGUGGGGGCCCUGGAGCCCCUACUGCCAGGACCCCUGCUGGCUGCCCACCCUCGUGCAGGCACCGAGCCGCCCGCCAACCAGCUUCCCUGGCCUGUACUGUGCUCGCCGGUGGCCGGGGUGCUUCUCCUGGCCCUCGGGGCUCUUCUCGUCCUCCAGCUCAUCCGCCGGAAGCGCCGAGAGCAUGGGGCCCUCUGGCUGCCCCCUGGGUUCACUCGAAGGUCUCAGACUCAGCCAGUUCCCCGCCGACGCCGGCCCCCGCUGGGCGAGGACAGCAUCGGCCUCAAGGCACUGAAACCAGAGGCAGAAGUUGAUGAGGAUGGAGUUGUGAUGUGCUCGGGCCCCAAGGAAGGAGAAGAGGCGGACCAGGCUGAAGAAAUGGCCUCACCCUCCAAGUGCCAGCUCUGGCCUCUGAGUAGUGACUGUCAGGAGCUCCCCCAGGCAGCCAUGCUGACUCCUCCCCAGGAUUCUGAGAUGGAUGUCCCUGAUGUGGACACCCGUGGACCUGAUGGGGUGACACCCCUGAUGUCAGCAGUCUGCUGUGGGGGAGUGGAGCCCAGGACCUAUCAGGAGACAUGGCUGGGAAGCCCUGAGCCCUGGGAACCUCUGCUGGGUGGAGGGGCCUGUCCCCAGGUUCACACCGUGGGCACUGGGGAGACUCCCCUGCACCUGGCUGCUCGAUUCUCCCGGCCAACUGCUGCCCGCCGCCUCCUUGAGGCAGGAGCCAACCCCAACCAGCCAGACCGGGCAGGGCGCACCCCGCUUCACACCGCUGUGGCCGCUGAUGCUCGGGAGGUUUGCCAGCUCUUACUCCGCAGCAGACAGACUGCAAUAGAUGCGCGGACAGAGGAUGGGACCACAGCCCUGAUGCUGGCCGCCAGGCUAGCUGUUGAGGACCUGGUUGAAGAACUGAUUGCAGCCCAAGCAGAUGUGGGGGCCAGAGAUAAAUGGGGAAAAACCGCGCUGCACUGGGCCGCCGCCGUGAACAACGCCCGGGCCGCCCGCUCCCUUCUCCAGGCCGGAGCCGAUAAAGACGCACUGGACGGCAGGGAGCAGACGCCGCUGUUCCUGGCGGCCCGAGAAGGAGCCAUGGAGGUAGCCCAGCUGCUGCUGGGGCUGGGAGCCGCCCGAGGGCUGCGGGACCAAGCCGGGCUAGCGCCCGGGGACAUCGCACGCCAGCGCAACCACUGGGAUCUGCUGACGCUGCUGGAAGGGGCGGGACCACCGGAAGCUCGUCACAAAGCGACGCCAGGCCGCGGCGCCGGCGCCUUGCAGCGCGCGCGGACUGCAUCAGGAAGCGUGCCCCCGCAUGGGGGCGGGGCUCAGCCGCGCUGCCGGACGCUGUCAGCCGGAGCCUAUCCUCAAGCCCGGACUUUGUCCGUAGACUUGGCCGCCCAUGGGGGCGGGGCCUAUUCGCACUGCCGAAGCCUAUCGAAAGGAGCAGGAGAAGGCCCGCCCCUCCGCGGCCGUAGGUUUUCUGCAGGCAUGCGCGGGCCUCCGUCCAACCCUGCAAUAGUGCGAGGAAGAUCCGGGGUCGCGGCCGGGAGCGGGGGUGUGGCCUCAGCUGUUGACUGGCCCUGCGAUUGGGUGGCUCUAGGAGCCUGCGGCCCCGCCUCUAACACUCCAAUCCCGCCUCCUUGCCUCACUCCGUCCCCUGAGCGGGGAUCCCCUCAAGUUGCAUGGGGUCCCCCAGCCCACCAAGUAAUACCCUUAAAUGCGGGAGGCGAGGGUGAGAAAUAAAAGGCUGCAUGUCAGGGAGGGAUUCUAAAAGUGAGUACUCGUUAAAUGGCAAGCAGUAUGGAAGGCCUCCAGAUUUUAAGGUCCUUGAGCCUCAAAAGUGAGGGGUCAUGAGUGUAGUGUCUCUCCCAAAAUGGUGUAUGCCACAUCGUCUUCCACGUGGAGAAACUGCAGCCCUGGAAAGAGGGUUCGGGGUGCUGGGAUGAAGCAGGCCCAGCCUCUCUCACAGAAAAUAAGGAUGAGGUGUUACAGGAGGAUGGAGUGGAAUGGGAGAAGUACCCCUGAACCAAGAACUGCAGACAGAUAGAAUGUAAGAUGUUCUUUCCUGUAUACUGUUUCCAAAGGGAGCCUCUAUCGCCUGUAACCCCCACUACCCACAAACGGCUGACAGAUAUUUAUUGAGCACCUCCUGUGUGCCAGGCACUGUGUAGGCACAGAAGGCAGGGCCAAGGGUCACUCCAGCUGAUGACUCCUUGCAUUCUCCCCACCUCACCCCACCCCCAAACAAACCAUUGCAGGGAUGAAGUGCCACUCUUCUAGCCACCACUAUAGCUAAGAACUCCAAAUCUGUCACCCCAUAAUAAAGCCGAUUUGAA